UAUAUAUAUAUUUUUUUUAUAUUUUAACUCUAUAUAUAUUAUGCGCGCAAAUUCUCGCUUUUGAAAAAUUUCAAAAAUGUGAAGUUAAACACGCAUGAUCAUAUAUCAUUUCUUGCAUAUUCUAUAUUCGUCGAAACACGUAAUUGACUAUCUCCACUCGUUAGGGUUAUUCAAAUCAACCCUACAAGAUGUUGCACCAACCGAAAAAAUAGGAAUUCCCUCGCCGAAAAAAUGAAUGUCCAGAAAAAAAUCUUUAAUCUCUCACAACUUCGCACGAAGUUCGCAACAAAAAGUUUAUAAACAGCCAUUAACACAACAGAUCGAAACAAAUUGGUUUUUCCUUCCAAGGAUGACUGAUAAUAACGAUAAUGCGAGCAUCACUGAGAAAAGUAUAAAGAUCUUUAUUAGAAUUUUCCCCUUCGAGAGAUUCUGUGAAUCGUGCGCAAAAAUCGACAUGAAUCGCAAGGUAAAUUUUGAUAUUUUUCUCGUCCAAGUCCAUUUCUUCUCUUUCUCUCUUCAUUUUUUAUAUUGAAAACGGAUAAUUUUGUUUUUUGUGUUAUUUAGAAGAUUUUCAUACGGUAUCUACAAGAAAUGCAACCGAAUAGAAUAGCUAUACCAAAAAAACCAUCUUACUGGUGUUUUCAAGCGGAUGAAAUUUUUUAUAACUGUUCACAAGAAGAAGUGUACCGCGUUACGAGCGAGGAUCUUGUACCAAAGUAAGGAAAAGAAAUAUAUUUUCCCUCCUUUGAUCGAUGCUGUUCGAAACUUUGUUUUAAAAAAGGAAAAGCAAGGUUUCGAAUGGUAUGGAAUAAUGGAUACCGAUAAUGGAAAUGUAAAUAUGAUAUUGAUAUAAUCGAGGAAUCGAUUAAUUUAAGAAUUUUAGAUGGUGUGAAUUGUAUUUUAAUCGGCUACGGGCAAACAGGUUCUGGGAAGAGCUUUACUAUGAGCGGUCUCCGAAACAACUGGGAAGUACGAUUAUGCGGGAUAUAUUAUCAAUUUUAAGUUUUUAUAUUGCAAAGACAGCGAUUACAUCCUUUUUCUCAGCACAGAGGCCUGGUCCCGCGACUUUUGACCCAAAUGUUUGCUGAAAAGGCGAAACGAAAAAAAGUCAGCAAAAUAGAAUACUGUAUCAGCUUUAUUGAGAUUUUUGGAAAAGAAACGAAAGAUUUGUUACUCUCUAAUACGGAUAAUAACAAAGUGAAGAUAAACGAGCGAGAACCGUUCAAGGUAUUGUGAAAUAUUGAAAGAGAAAGAAAAGAUUAAGGAAGGAUAUUCGAUGAGUAUUUCAUAGUCAGAGAAAUUGUAGGAAAUCUCCGUGAUACCUGUGAACGAUGAAAACGAAUGUCUGAAAAAACUCUUUGAAGGAGAAAUUAGGAGAUCGAUUGCAAUAGGAUCGACUUAUCCAGCCUCUCAUUUAUCCAUGUCUGUGAUUACUUUUCACGUAUCUAAUCUCAGUUUAAUAACAUCAUGGGGUAUUGUAACGACAGCCAAAGUAAUUACUCGUUAUAUUAUAUUUGUAUCUCUACGAGUUUCUUAAAGCGUGAAAUUGGAGAUAAUAAGAAUUAAUUGGUUUUGUUUUUCUCUUUAUUAAUUAAAAAAUUUAAUUAACAUGUUAGAUACAUAUUGUGGAAACAGCUGGUACAGGAACAGUAGGAAAGAAUAAUUGCUGGAAAACAGCGGCAGAUAUUGGUAUGGCGAAUUUAAUGAAAACUCAGCUGGAGCAAUUCUUUUCACAUAUAGAAAGUCCAGCCACUAUUAAUAUAUCACGCUCCAAUAAUUUGUUCAAGAUUUUAGGAAAUGCUUUUUCAGUUUCAUCUAUAAUUCGGUUAUUAAAAGGAAAUUCAUGAUUGUAUAACAGAAUUUAAAUUGUGUAAAUUUAUCAUAAUAUGACUCAUAAUGUGAUUGUAACAGGUUUAUAUCUCAUAUUCGAAUCACGGAAGAGGAUCUCGACAUCACACUAUCAACUUUACGACUAACCGUAAAUAUUGCAAAGUUAAAACCAAUCAGGAUAAAAAAAGAUGUUAAAUAUGAAACGGAUUUGAUUAUAUAUAAACUUCAGAACGAAGUUAAUGUUUUGAAGAAGGAGCUGAUGUUGAACAAUUUGAUUUUAAAUCAAGAAGCGCUGAUGAAUAUUUCCAAGGCUCGGAUGGAACAAAUUAACCGGAGUAUAUUAAGUUUUUUAAACGACAAGAUUUCGGACUUCACGCUGUUUAGUAUGUCCCAGGCCCAAGUAUUGUUAAAGUGUAUCAAGGAUUUAUAUAACAGGUUGCAUAAUCUGUGUUAUGUAUAGGAUAGUUUUUUUUAGAUUCAAUUUCUAAAUAAAUGAAUCGUUAGAUUAACCGCCAAGGAAGUUGAAGUUGAAAAAUUAAAAGAGACGUAUGAAAAUUUAAUCAAAAUCGUGCCGGAAGUUAGUUCAACAGGAACUUUACCCAAGAAAAUUCAAUUAUCCACCGAUGAAAUCAAUGACCGGACACAAAUUAAGAGUCCUUUCGUAAAGUCCGUUGAUUAUAUGGAAGAAGAUGAAAAAGAAAUGGAAAAAGAAGUUGGAACUUUAAAGAUACCUACGGAAGGUGUAACUAUAGGUCCGUUUGCGAAAGAUAUUAUUGUUGAAAGUUUAAAACCGAAAGAAAUAACGAAAAUUAAUAUCGAGAAAAUUGAUACCCAGAAUUUACACACGGUUCGACAAUUGUUUUAUACUUUCAUAAAAGAGAAUAUAGAAUAUGCAAAAAUUAAGGACAAAUUUGUUAGAAACGAGAAGACUUUUGCUAUAGUUCGACAAAAAUUUAUAGAUACAAUUGAUAGUUAUUUCCAGUCAAAAAGAAGUGUAGAUGAAGCCCGUGAUAAAUUAAACAAAUACAGACAAAUUCGACAAGUUUUAGAAUUAGAAGAUUCAGAAAAAAAAGAUCAUAUAUCUGAAAUUGAAAGAACAAUUGAACAAAAUCUUUUAUGUUACGAAAAAGUAUCGGUUAAUUUAGAAGAAGAGGUUAAUCAGAUACAAAAUGAAAUUAACAUGUUAUCAAGUCAACGCAUUGAAAUGAAGUUAAAGCUAGAAUGCGGUUUUCGAAAAUAUUGUAAACAAAAGAAUAUUUUAUUGCAUUGUACUGAAAAAUUGAUAAAAAUAUUGUUGGAACCUGAAGUAGAUAAUCUGAAAAUGAUUCAAUAUAAGUUCAAUAAGUUUCAACGAAUGAUGUUGCGCAAAACACAAGUAAAUAUUACUUUAAUUUUAAAUAGUUUGAAUUUUAAAAUUUUAAAAUUUUUUAAUCUUGCUUUCUCUUUUAUAUUAGGAAUUAGAAAGAACAAAAAAAGUACGAUUUGAUAAAGGAAUAUGCAAUAGUGCUAAUACAUAGCUAACGAAAAUAUUAUCUUCUUAGCAAUAAAUAUUAAUAUUUAGUAUACAAA